UAAAACACCAUGACUUGACCAAGAAUUAACUGAUCAUCAACAUGGCGGCGACAAGCAGUGAUGAGAAUGAUGGACUUCCACCGAGAUUAUCAGCUCGUUUCGAAGGGUCGUUUGCAUAUCUCACAAUCAAAGAUCGCCUCCCUGUCAUCACCACCAAAGUGGUAAACACUGUGUACACCUACCGCAUUGAGGCUGCACAGCUACAUGGGCAGGAUGGAGCCACAGAUUGCAAAGACAUCGUCGCUAAACUCUCCAAAUUCCGCAACGAGUUACAGACAGACAAGGCCAUUCUCCCUCUGCAACCAGAUGGAGAGGACGACAUUGAGAUCUGGGAGCGAUGUCUGGAGGAGGAGACUAAGGCCAAUGGGGGUACCCCUGCAAGCUGGUUCACAUCUCCCUGGUUGUAUGUGGAGUGUUACAUGUAUCGAAGGAUUGUGAAUAUAAUAAGACAGAGCAAUCACCUGAGGAACUUUGAUCCGUUCAGCGAGCAAAAAAAGGCAGCAUUGAAGCAGUCACAGGAGGCCUUGGUCACCCUUGCAGAGUACCAAAAGAUGACACAUGGGAAGGACAUUGACUGUUUUAAAGAAUUCAUGGAGAUUUCUCUUUGGGGAAAUAGGUGCGACCUCUCCAUCUCAGCCGGUGUAGAAAACUCACAGAAAAUUAGCCCACUCGCACACAUUGCAAAUUUAAGAAACAAAAUAUUAGUUAACGACAGCGAUAAGCUUUGGCGUGUCUUGCAAAACUCACGGGAGAGCAAAGCUGAGAAUGAGGCAGUGAGGAUGGACAUCGUGUUAGACAAUGCUGGCUUUGAGCUGUUUACUGAUCUGUGUUUAGCCGAGUAUGUCUUGAGAACCAACUUGGCUGACGUUAUUGUUAUGCAUUACAAAGCAAUGCCAUGGUUUGUAUCGGAUGUAGGACAGGAUGACUUUACAUACACAUUAAACUACCUUGAACAUCAAGAGAAUGACAGCCUGAAAAAACUUGGCCGGUGUUGGUCGCAGAGAAUCAACACAAAAUCAUGGGUUUUACAGGGUCAUCCAUUUUGGACAACUCCGCAUGAUUUCAGCGCAAUGCAGUCAGUCGCUCCAGACUUGUACUCUGAACUUGCCAAAUCGGAUCUGAUUCUCCUAAAGGGAGAUUUAAACUACAGGAAGCUGGUUGGAGAUCGGCAAUGGGAACCAACAAUCCCCUAUGCGGAGGCAUUAUGUGGAUUUCAUCCGGCACCUCAUUGUGCCUUACGGACAUGCAAGGCUGAUGUUAUAGUAGGGCUUGAUGAUGGCGUUGCUGAGCAAACUGCAGCUGAGGAUAGCGACUGGCUCAUUGAUGGAAAGUUUGCCGUUAUACAAUUUUCUGGAAUGAUCCGUACUUAAAUUGUUUAACAAUAUUAAAAUGUUAAAGGUUCACAAAAAUAAAACACAUUAUACAGUUUGUUUGUUUGUUUGUUUUUUAUUUCCUAAUAUCACAAUAAAUAAUCAUGAAACAUACAAGUUGUGAGAAUGCGAGUGCAUUUCAAGUGUUGUAUUGCACUUUCUUAUUUUGAAUGCGCCAAUUACAAUAAAUAUUCCAUAAUUAUUUUUAAGUUCACCAAAAUGGUACAGAAUUAUACAGUUGUUGAUACUUUUCAAGUGUUUUCAAUUAUAUCACAAAAGCUAAAAAUCUGAAGUUUCCUCUUGGUCACUUACUAUAAAAUGCUGUUUUCCAAUAUAUUUGUGACUAUUUAAAAUCAUACUGGUGUAUACAAGUACAUGUAAGUGGAAUUAAAUUGUAGAGUAAAUGUUUUUUGGGUGUGCAAUAUUGUAUUCAGUGUACACAUUUAAAAUCUUAUAACAGAUUUCUUAGGUAAAGGGAAGGUAUACAUUUGGUAACCACUCCUAAAAUUAAUGGCAAUAAAAACUUCAAUGCUUGGUUAGAAGUACAGCGUUUUAAGAAACAUUUCACUUCAAAGUAUUAAAUGGGGUUAAGGAAAAAUUCAUCUGUUUUUGUCUCCCAGGAUAUGUAUGUUUUCUAGUUUAGGAUUAUUCUUUCUGCGAGGACAUAACU